AUGGUCAAGGCGAAGAAGUUGUUACUCAAGUACGCCAAUGUUUUCUCGUCAAACGAAUCUGACAUAGGAAAGACUGGCUUAGUUCAACACAAGAUAAACACAGGACAAGAAUUGCAAAGGUACCUGGCAAAAGUUGUGGAAAAACGGCAACGAGACUGGGACAGGCACAUACAACCAUUUUUGUUGUCAUAUCGAAGCGCUGUUCACGAAAGUACAUCAGUGACGCCAGCGUUCGCAAACUUUGGGAGAGAAUUACGGCUGCCUGCAGACCUGAUCACCGGAUUACCACCUGAUGCCCCACGCAGUAUAACCGAUUAUGCAAAUGACUUGCGGAACAAAAUGAAUGACAUUUAUGAGCACGUCAGACAGUCGGGCCAGCAAACGUUCGAGAAGAUGAAAACACGGUAUGACCGCAAAAUGAACAACAAAGGGUUUGACGAAGGUUCUCUAGUGUGGUUACACAAUCCAGCUCGGAGCAAAGGAAAAUCUCCUAAGCUUCAAGCUAAAUGGGAUGGACCGUACCGGAUUGUGACAAGGAUCAAUGACGUAACCUACCGGAUACAGAAAGGUGCCAGAGGUACUCCUAGAUCGUCCAUGUGGAUAGACUGGCGAGUUAUUAUGGGACCAAUAAUGCUCGGGACGAGCAUGUCUUAG